UCCUCCCGCCCGGCGCCGCCGCCGCUUCCUGCGGGCCCGCUCCGGCCCCGGGACCCCCUCGGAGCCCCGGGAGCCCCCGGGAGCGCGGGCCCGGCCCCGCCAUGUGGCUCUUCUCCCGGGACCCGGUGCGGGAUUUCCCCUUCGAGCUGGGCCCGCCCGACGCGGAUCCCGACGCGGAGCCGCUCCCGGACCCCGCGGCGCCGGCCCCGCUCUGGCGGCUGCUGCGGGGGCGCCGCAAGACGGAGCAGUGCCUGUACCUGGUGACAGAGGCCGUGACCCCCCUGCGGCGGCACCUGCGGCUGCACCCCCCGAGCGGGGACUCGGGCGAGCAGGAGGUGGCCUGGGGGCUGCAGCGGCUGCUGACGGCGCUGGCGUUCCUGGGGGUCUCGGGGCUCGUUCACCACGCGCUGGGACUCGACGCCGUCUUCGUGGACCCCGGGGGCGAGUGGAAGCUGGGGGGGCUCGAGAGGGUGGCAGCCACCAGCGAGGGGACCCCCACCCGCCCCCCGUCCCUCGGUGCCGAUGGCGCUCCGGUGUCGGUGUUCGCGCACAGCCUGGGCCCGGGGGGGGACCCCGGUGCCACCGCGCUGGCCCGGGCGGGGCUGAAGCGGCUCCGCAGCCUCCGGCACCCCAACAUCCUGGGCUACCUGGACAGCCUGGAGCUGCCCCCCGGGCUCAUCCCGCCCUUCUCGGAGCUGGUGGCUGCGGAUCCGGGGGCCCGGCCGGGCCCGGGGCCGCUCCUGGAGCGGCUGCAGCGCCCUGGAGCCUUCCUGGCCUGUGCCCUGGUGCGCACCGGGCUCUUCCUCGAGCACUUCCAGGUCCGGGACCCCUCGGAGCGCCGGACGUUCCUGCAGGAGCUGCCCCCUCUCCUGGAGUCCCUCCCGGGGCCCUUCCGGAGGCACAAGCUGCUCCCGAGGCUGCUCGAGGCCCUGGAGCUGGGCAGCGCUGAUGCCAGCGCCCUGCCCCCGCUGCUGCAGGUGGCGAAGGUCCUGGACCCCCCCGAGUACCAGGAGCGAAUCGUCCCCGUCCUCGUCCGGCUCUUCUCGUCCCCUGAGCGGGGCCUGCGCCUGCGCCUGCUGCAGCUGCUCGAGGAGUUCAUUGAGUUCCUGCCUGAGGCCACGGUGGAUUCCCAGAUUUUCCCCCACGUCGCCCACGGGUUCCUGGACUCCAACCCGGCCAUCCGCGAGCAGACGGUCAAGUCCAUGGUGCUGCUGGCGCCCAAGCUGGGGGAGGGGCGCAGGGGGGGGGAGCUGCCCCGGCUGCUGCUGCGGGUGCAGGGGGGGGACGCGCUGGGACCCCUGCGCUGCAACGCCACGCUGUGCCUGGGGCGCCUGGCCCCCCACCUGCCCGCCCAGGUGAGCUCUGAGACGCCCCUGAACCCCCCCCAAAUCCCCUCUUUGUGUCUGGCCCCCCACCUGCCCGCCCAGCUCCCUCCCGCAGACACCCCCAACUCAGCUGCCGUGUCGGGGGGCGGCGCGGGGGGGCUGGGGGCGGCCGUGUCCUGGGCUGUCACCGGUGUCACCUCCCUGACGGCGCGGCUGAUGGGGGGCGAGGGGGGGGCGACCCCCGCACAGCCCCCACCCACGCAGGGACCCCCACAGACCCCGGCCGAGAGCCCUGUAGCCCCCCAAAAAGCAGGGCCCCCCCCGGGCCGGCGGCAGCGGGAGCAGCAGCGGCGCCGGGAGCUCGAGGCCAAGCGCCGGGCGGGACCCCGGGGCCCCCCGAAACUGGGGGCACGGAAACUCGACUGAGGGGUGGGGAGGGGGUCCUGAAGGAGGGGAAAAGGGGGAAAAUCCCCUUUGGGUUUUGUUUUUUUUUUUUUUU